CACGGUCAUCAACACGGUAACCUCACUUUUGAAGUGUCAAUAAAUUAGUUCAAUUGUGUUUUAAAUAAGUAGAUUAAUUUCAAAUAAAAAUGGCAAAUUCGUUAAUGUUAGAACUGAAUGAAGCUGUUUUAAAAAAGACAACAAAUCUUUCCUUUUUGAAUGACAGAGUGUCUGGAUAUAAUUGGAAUGAAGGAUUACAUUAUGAUAAACUUCUACAAAGUUACCUAAAAUGUGGAUUUCAAGCUACAAAUUUUGGUUUAGCUGUUGAAGAAAUUAAUAAAAUGUUGGAAUGCAGAAAGCAGCCAAUUCCCGAAGAAAAGUUUGUUGAUAACGACGAUGAAUUUACAGUUGUUAAAAAUAGUUGUACAAUAUUUUUAGGAUAUACUUCUAAUUUAAUAUCUAGUGGAUUAAGAGAAACUAUAAAGUUUUUAGUUAAGCAUAAAAUGGUAGACUGCAUAGUGACCACUGCUGGUGGUGUUGAAGAAGAUCUCAUUAAGUGCCUUGCUCCUACUUUUGUAGGUGAAUUCCAUUUAGAUGGUAAAACUCUAAGAGAAUGUGGUGUUAACAGGAUUGGGAACUUAUUAGUGCCAAAUGACAAUUAUUGCAGUUUUGAAAAUUGGAUUUUGCCAAUUUUAGAUGAGCUAUUGAAAGAACAGAAGGAUGGUGUUUUGUGGACUCCCAGUAAAAUUAUAGAAAGGCUAGGAAAAGAAAUUAAUCAUGAAGAUAGUGUUUAUUAUUGGGCAGCCAAGAAUAAGAUUCCUGUGUUUUGCCCUGCAUUGACUGAUGGUAGUCUUGGUGAUAUGAUGUUUAUGCAUUCUUUCAAAAACCCUGGGCUUGUAGUGGAUAUUAUUGCAGAUUUAAGAAGACUAAAUCUAAUGGCAAUGAAAUCUGUGCACACAGGAAUGAUCAUUUUAGGAGGUGGCCUAAUUAAACAUCACAUCUGCAAUGCAAAUUUAAUGAGAAAUGGAGCAGAUUACUCAGUAUUUGUUAACACUUCUUCAGAAUUUGAUGGUAGUGAUGCAGGAGCUAGACCUGAUGAAGCUAAGUCUUGGGGGAAAAUUAGGAAAGAUGCAAAUCCAGUUAAGGUUUAUGCAGAUGCAACCUUGGUUUUUCCUUUAUUAGUUGCACAGACAUUUGCAAAAGAAUGUUUUGGGCCAAGUACAAGCCACUAAAUAAAUGCUUUUUAAAAA